AUGGAUCGCCUCAAGACCAAGCGCUCCGCUCGACGAGCCCAGAACACCAAGCUCCUGCAAGAAGUAAGGUCACUGCUAACGAGCAACAACGAGCUUUCGAAGAUCAAUGAUGCGCUCGAGGAGCACGUAGCAGACGAGGAGCUCGAAGCUGAGUAUUUCGCGGCAGCAGAGUAUAAGGACGAAGCUGUGCGCAUGCUCGCUGAGAUUCGCUUCAAGAUAGACGGUUUGCGACAUGGAGACAGUACAGCAGCGGCUGCUCCUCAGAACGCAAACACGUCACCAUCUGACGUGCCAACCGCAAUUGGCCCAAGGCUGCUGAACCUUGACAUGCCAACAUUUAGAGGUGACAUACAUGAAUGGUCGGCUUUCUGGGAGCAGUUUGAGCAAACUGUCCACCUGAACAACGCUUUGUCAACGACGACGAAGUUCUUCUGUCUACGUCAUUAUCUUGCUGGUGAAGCGGCAGCUGCGAUAUGUGGUUUUCCGACUUCCGAAGCCUGUUACGCAGACACCAUCGAGUUAUUGAAGGAACGCUUCGAAAUCUACCUCACAACAAGUCGGGAAGCGACGUCCGCGGCCUUAGGCGACUUUACUAUGCUGUGCAGCUGA